CAGGCUGCUGUUUACAGUGCUGUAUAAAUAGAAUUGAGGCCAUGCACCCCAUCCCCUUUGACACAAGAAAGCAGUUAUCAUGAGUUUAUCAAGCAUUUGUGCAGCCAGACACUUGUCUGCUAAGGUUUGAAUAGUGCAGUCAGGGCCAUAGCAAGGGCUUUUGGUGUAAACAAGUUGUCUUUACAGAGGAUCUCAGAAAACUGCUUCUCCAAGUUUAAGAUCAGGGAAAGAGGAACAGAGAUGGGGGGACAGUCACAGGGGAUUUCCGUAGUCUGGCAUUUACUAAGCAACUUAAGUAGGGCAACUGAGAUAAAAAAAAAAAAAAAAAAAAAAACAGACAGCUACAGUGACUCUUUUAAAGCAUUUUUUUGAAGAAAAUGAUAUAAGGAGAAAACAUUUUCCUGAAGGGACACAAGCUCCGUCAAAGUGGAAGUCUUGCUAAGCUGGUUAACCAGCCAAGUCAACAGACAGUUGGUCCAUUUACCCGACGGAUAGUAUUAUACUAUAGUUGAGUGAGUGAUGAAGGGAGGUGACGAUGAUGAUGAUGACGACGUGUGGAAUGCAUCAGCUGUUAUACUGGAUAUUGACUCAGGGUCUUGGGCAGACCGGUCCCCUCUUCAUGAUGCUGCCAGCCAAGGACGUCUGCUGGCCCUCAAGACCCUCAUUGCUCAGGGCCACAGCGUGAAUGUGCUGACAAUAGACCACAUUAGCCCUCUUCACGAGGCAUGCAUAGGGAGUCAUGUUGCCUGUGCCAGAACCCUGAUAGAUGCCGGAGCCAACGUAAAUGUGACAACUAUAGAUGGUGCGACUCCAUUGUUUCAUGCCUGCUCAGCUGGCAGUUUGGCAUGUCUAGAGCUGCUCUUGCAGAGUGACGCCAGACCACAUGCCCUGGCUAUAUUCCAGCCUUCACCCAUCCAUGAGGCAGUCAGCAUGGGUCACAGCAAGUGUUUGGAGGCGCUGGUUGCAUGGGGUGUGGAUGUGGAUUAUGAAAUCCCUCACAUGGGCACCCCUCUCUACAGUGCUUGUCGGUGUAAGGACUUCAUAUGUGCCCGCAUGCUGCUUGAUGGAGGUGCAAAUGUGCAGAAAGGGGCACAUAUGGAGACUCCUCUUCAUGCAGCAGCCCAAAAAGACUGUGUAAGCAUAGUGAAGCUCCUGCUGGAAUUUGGGGCAGAUGUAAAUGCACGCAACCUGGAGUAUAAACGGCCCGUAGAUGUUGCUCCUCCAGGGAGCCUUACAGAGGGCUUCCUAUUGAUUUAUGAAGCGACACCCCGUUCUCUACGCCAGCUGUGCCGUCAGCAAAUCAGGGAAAGUUUGGGACGUUCCCGACUACAUCUUCUACAAUAUUUACCCCUCCCUAAUGCUAUGAAGAACUUUCUACAAUAUAGAUGAUCUGAUUAUGUUUAUUGGCAGCAGGCCAUCUAGUCUUAAAGUAUUGUUUGCCUUAGUUAAUAAUAGUUUUAAAUAAAAGCUGUUUUACCUUUUUCCAUUUAAUAAUAAUCUUUUUUGGCCUGAUUUGACAAGAAGAUUGAUGUCCUUAAAUACUUAAAUAAUGGUACCUCAUCUUGUUUAUUUUACUUUAACUUUUUCCACUUUAAAUUAUCUAAUUCCAAUGAGUGUCCCGGCAUUGCAUGCCUUCUUACUGCAUACUGAGCGGAGUCUGAUCAUCUAGCUAUAGGUGUUGAUACCAAAUUUAUUAUGUAAAUGCUGAAUAAAUAUUAUAAAAUGUAUAAUGCAAGUGGUGGUCCCCUGGAGUUGUUGCACUUAUUUUGAAAUAAAAAUAGCACUGAUGACAUCA